UACCAUGCCUCUGAGGAGAAAAGUGAGAUCAAGUUCUGCUUCAGGAAAGCUAGAAACAUCUACUCUGAACAGCGUGUGCAUUUCACUUGUGGAUAUUCUUGCAUUCUGAAUGAGCUGAGAGAGUCUACAGCUACAACAGACCCUUUGUCUCGACGUGCUCAGACUUCUUUAGGAGGCCCCAGGUUGCAAGCUGUUUCUCCGGUUUCUCGCAGCAGUUUUUCACAAGACCCUCAGGAAGAGAUAGCCCAGGUCCCAGAAUGGCUGAUGAAGGAGUUCAUCAAAGGGCAGCAGAGAAGCCACUCCAUAGGACUUAUGGAAAACAUACUGGAGAGCGAAAGAGUUCAUCAUGUCAGUCCGUCUAGGAGCUCAUGGAGAGGAAAGAUUGAGCAGCAAGUAACUCUUGAGGAGCUUCAGAAACUCCAUGCAGCCUUUCAGGAACUAGAAAUGAAUGGACAUAAAUAUUUGGAUAUAGAAGACUUCAAGCACACAGUGAAGAAAUGCAUGGGAUCCCACAAUGUAAACGAUGGACAAAUAGAAAUACUUUUCAUGAAAAUAGACUAUUUUGCAAGUGGCUGGAUUCAGUGGAAUGACUUCUGCACGUACAUGCACCUGGAAUAUACAGGGCAGGAUAGGUCAACUGUCCGAUUGAAAGGAACCACUUUCUCACUUCCUGCCACAAUUCAGGAUAUCCCAUAUGGAGAGCCUGUGAUUCGCAUUUGCUCAUUGUUGAAUAGCACCUUAAUAACAGCUCGUGAAGAUGGAACUAUUUCCUUCUGGACACCACAGCUCAAACAAAAACGAAGCAAGAUGGUGUUGGGGAAAACCCACAAAAAAUCUAAGCGGUUGAUGGAUUUUGCUAUCAUGACUCCAUACAACAAAUUAAUCUUGGGAACUGGGGAUCAUGAACUUCAGUUCUAUGAAAUCUCCAAUUUCGAACCGUACCUUCAAAUUAGUGGUUUGGAAGCUAUACCUUUGAAUUUGGACUACUGCUAUACAGAUCCUGACGAAUGCAUGAUUCUUUAUGGUGAUGAUCAGGGCUGUGUCAAUAUCUUGCUCUUGCAGUCUGUGGGUGAGUUCCUAAGAACUUGGAACAAGCUACCAAAAAUGGAACAUCUUCCUAAUAUAAGCCUUGAACAUGUUGCUCUGUCUCCAAAUGCCACUUAUAUUCGCUGGAAAGUUCAUGGAGAUUGGGUUACUCAGCUCAAUUACUAUGAUUCUAUUAAAGCGAUUGUUUCUGCCUCAAGGCAUGAGCCUACAGCCUUGGUAAUAGGCUGCGUUGUUGGAGCUACCAAUGUUGAACAACAGAUGAAAGAAAUAAGAGAGCACAGGAAGGAUUCAAAGGCAAGGAAAGGGCAGGCGAGCCUAGGAACUCCUUGCAGUCGAGCUGAGGGGGAUCAGAUUGUUUUUCGAGUUCACAAAGGGGUAAAAACAUUUGCUUUCAGUAAAAAGAACAACCUCAUAGUAACAGGUGGGAUGGAUCGAAUCAUUCGAAUGUGGAAUCCUUAUAUGCCUGGAAGGCCAACAGGCAUGCUUAGAAGCCAUAUGGCCCCUGUUUUCUAUGUCUGCAUAUCUGAAGAGGACAGUAAAAUAUUUUCCAUCUCAACAGACAACACUGUUAAGAUAUGGGAUAUAGUAGACCAAAAUUGUCUAUUCACAGCCUGUUCAAAAAACAAUGAAAUAAAAGGAGAAAUCAGUGCUUGCCACUACUUCUCAAGUAAUAGAUCCCUUUAUGUUGCCACAGACACUUUGGCUGUUCUCCGUCUAAGAUUAAGCACACCUGCAGAUCCCAACUUGGUGAUUUCCCACAAGGACCCCGUUUUGUGCUGCAAGUACAACAGAGUGUUCAGGCAUGUGGUGAGCUGCUCGGAAGGCUCUGUGAUCAAAGUGUGGGAUUUUGAAACUGGAAAGCAGCUGUUUGAAUUUGGCAAUGCUCACGGUGGAUCUGCAAUAACCUGCCUCACUUUUGACCCUAGUGGAAGAAGACUUAUAACAGGAGGAAGAGACGGCUGUUUGAAAAUAUGGAAUUAUAAUAAUGGACAUUGUUUGCACACUUUGAAAAAAGAAGACACAUGCGAAGAAAUCUGUGACUGCACCUAUGUGGAGGUGAAUCGAAAAAAGUAUAUCAUAGGUGUUGGAUGGGACAGAAAAAUAAACAUGUUUUAUGAUUCGACAGACAGUUUCCAUCACCUUCAGAAACCUCAAGGCCAUUGGCAGGAUGAUAUAAGCCGUGGACAUAAGGAAGAUAUUCUCUGCAUUGCGCAGUGUCCACCUACUCUCCUUGCCACAUCAAGUUAUGAUGGUGAAAUUAUUGUCUGGAAUAUGAUCUCAGGCCGCAUAUGCCAUAAAUUCCACACUCCUAUUCUCACUUCCUCUGUUUAUACCAAAACAUCCCAAGCUGUAGAUGCAAGUGUUACUCAAAUACUGUUUCUAAAGACCCGUGUUGCAAAAUUUGAAUCAGCAGCAUCCUCUCUAAUUUCCAAUGGACCACAAGGUUAUGUACACUUUUGGAGUUUGUUCUCUAAAGAUCCACUUGUGGCAAGUUUCACACCUUCUAGAGAGAAAUCCCUGAUCAGCAGCAUUGCUAUUACUUUUGAUGAUUCAUAUCUGUAUGCGGCAGACGAAGAUGGAUAUGUGUACGUCCAUGACAUCAAAGAAUACGCUCUUCAUGAUCUAGGACAAGAAGCACCAAAAUAUGUGAAUCACUGGAGAGCUCAUAUAAAUUUGGUUCUAGCGCUAGAGAUUAUAGACGAAGAUAAUAUCCUUCUGUCAUGUUCCGUGGAUCGUACUGUUCGAUUAUGGAGUCAAUCUGGUGAAUACAUUGGAACUUUUGGUCAGGCAGAAUCUUGGGAAAUUUUUACUCCGGCCUCCUGGAAGCAUCCCAUGGUUCCCUAUGAGAUUCUAAUUGAUCCACAAAGUAUGCCUAAUCAUCCAGUGCUAGAGGGAGAUUCUUCUGGUUUGCAGAUUACAGACAAAGACAAGAAUACUCAGGAAGCAGCAAACUGCAACCCCAGGUUGGCCCAAGUUACUGAUGAAGAUAUAAAAGAAGAAAUCAACAAGCAGUUUUUCACACAAACACCGGGAAGGAGAUGGAAGCAUGAACGUUCCAAGCGGUCAAACAGACUGGUUAGCCGUGGGAAGCCAAACACCUUCCGUGACAUCAACUAUUAUGAAAUAGACAGUUUCCCAGGAAACUGCGAGAAGCCUGACUUGUCGAUUCUUGGGACAGACAUUUUUAGUGUUCGUUAACAAGGAGCAGCUGAGCCACAAGCACCUCGUUUGCCAGAGUAGUGAAACAAGGCACAUCACGUCAGUCUUGAUAUCAUAGCGUCUAUUCCCUUCCCAAUGAAAUGGCGCAUAAAACUUUGCAAAAUGGGUGGAAAAAAUCCAUGGAAACUAAUCCCUGGAAGCUCAAUCAUAGUGUUGCUUUUCAGGUUUAUUUACUACAUUUGUACCCCAAGACUCAAAGGGGAUUACAUCCUCCUCCUCUCCUCCAUUUUAUCUUCUUACAGACCCUGAUAAAGUGAGUGGGCCAAGGUCACCCAGCUUUGUCAAAGAGGGGAUUUAAACCUGAAGUCUCCUUGUUCCAAGCCCGACACACUGGUUUGAGAUGUUAUUAUAGUUGAGAUGAGAGAUGCAGUGUGGUCUACUCCGGGAUAUAUUUUCGAAGUGUAAAAAGCUAAGAGCACUUCUGAUUAUUCCUUGAGAAUGAAAAUGAGCCUAGAAAGGGAUCUGUGCUAUUGCUGUACAGAAAAAGAAGCCUAUUAAACAGACUGUUAGCCAUUUUCAGCACAAUCCUAUGCUGUCACUCCAAUCUGAGCCCAUUGAAAGGAAUAAUCACGGUUUGUUAUUUUUGGUUUUGGUUGGGAUACAGUGGGGUCACAUACAGAGUGGAGCUCCUUCGAUUGGGGAAAAAUUACAGAAUGAAGGGGGUAUUGUCUCUUUCCCUUCCUAAAUUGCAUUCCUGCAAAAACAUGAAGUAUUUCAUGAAGUUUCCUCACAAGAGGAAAAUGAUAGCUGAUGACACUUUUGCAAGCAGGCCUUUUUGGGGAGUUAUCCACUCCCUGAUUGGAGCAACCCAUUUUGGCAAGGUAUCAGCUCCCUGAUUGGAGCAACCCGUUUUGGGAAGUUAUCCGCUCCCAUUUUCUGUGUUUGAAGAUUUUUUUCUCCAGCCUGAGAAGGUAGUCCCACCUGGUGCUGCAGCACUGCCAAUGCAAUUACACAGGAAACUGGGCACAACAAAAAGGCGAACUCCAUAUUUUUAC